GGAUGCUUGACUUCCCUCCCCUGGGGAAGUUCUGGAAUCCACUCUGGCCUGACCCUCCCAUUAGAAACAGGGGAAAUUCCUUCCCAUGGGGGCGUCUUGCUGAAAACAAAGCUUGGCAUGUUUCUUACUCCUCAUCAAUCUGACAAAAUAGGUAUUUAUUUGUGCCUCUCCAACGGGUGGCUUGGACAUGGUGUUCCACAUCGUGGAUGUGGCUGAGCACCAAGUGAAAUAGCCGUCACUAUAGUAACAGUUCCUUUUUAUUGAUACCAGAAUAAACAGGAAUGCAAAGCUGCCUCACUUGUGGGUACAUUUCAGCUGCUUCCCAUCCCAGGAGUUUAGGAACCGCCCUUUGGAGGCGGCCUUCCUUGCUAGUCUGGGACUUGCCUGGAGUGCACAGCCCCAGUCACACUGCUGUGACUUCCCUUCCAGAGGACCGGGACGAAAGAGAACCUCCAUGUACUCAGAGAUCCAGAGGGAGCGGGCAGACAUCGGGGGCCUCAUGGCCCGGCCAGAGUACGGAGAAUGGAACCCAGAGCUCAUCAAGCCCAAGAAGCUGCUGAACCCAGUGAAAGCCUCCCGGAGUCACCAGGAGCUGCACCGAGAGCUGCUCAUGAACCACAGAAGGGGCCUUGGUGUGGACAGCAAGCCAGAGCUGCAGCGUGUCCUGGAGCACCGUCGCAGGAACCAGCUCAUCAAGAAGAAGAAGGAGGAGCUGGAGGCCAAGCGGCUGCAGUGUCCUUUUGAGCAGGAGCUGCUGAGGCGCCAGCAGAGGCUCAACCAGCUGGAAAAACCCCCAGAAAAGGAAGAGGACCACGCCCCUGAGUUUAUCAAAGUCCGGGAAAAUCUGCGCAGAAUCACUACUCUGACCAGUGAAGAGAGAGCACUGUAGAGCUGGCUGUCUGCUGACCCAAGCCCCUCCUCCACCCUCCAUACCUGGCAGCAUUGGGGGCCAUCUGCGUUGUUCACACCUGCUCCAGUAGAAAUGUAUUUACCCUCCCUGGGAAGCUGGGAAGACCCUCAAGCUCCAGACAGGGAAAGCUGUGGGCCCCUUCUAGAAAUUUCCUUCUGAGCACCCACUCCUCUUGCCCCAAAAGGAAUCCACUGCCAGGAAAGCCUUCUCCAAGGCCCAUUCCUGACUCGGAGCCCUCAAAGGAGAUUUUCCUGACAGAGAAGGAGGGUCAGGAGCCCCUCUGGCCUACCCUGUUCUGCUCCUACCUUCCCACCAGGAACCUCCAAUGCAACAAUUCCACCUGUGGUUGUACCUGAGGACAGGUGUGGGGCAGCUAAGCAAGCAUCAGCGACACUGCCUUGAAAGCCACCGAAGGGAGAAAGGCUAAGCUGUCUGUGCAGAGGUAGGGCAGAGCAGCCCAUAGGAGGCUGCUUCACCAGGCUGAAAGAGUACUAAGGCAGUUUUGUUAGGCUUGCCAGGCUUUGCCCCUGUGCUUGUGCUUUUAUUUCUCCCAUCCACAGUUGUCACUGUCUGGACUGGGUAAACACACCUCACCAGGGCUAUGGUGUUCCUGCUCACAGUUAAAAAGAGUGCUUUAUUGUGCGUAUGAACCAGUAGGGAUUCUGUUAGGACACAGCUUCCUGCUCAAUAGACCUGGGGUAGGAGGUAAGGUUGCACAGCUAACAAGCUUCCAGCGGAGGCCGGGGCUGCUGGCUGAGGGUCACACUUUGAACAUCCAGAGCAUCCAGGUGAAUGUGAAUCAGAAACACAUCUACCUCUCACUGACCUCUGCCCUGGGGGUUCCCAACACCACCUGCAGCCCCAAGGACACUUCAUUCCUUAUCCACCCCACCCCAGGAACUCCUGACCCUGGAGGACCUGCCCAGCAAAUUGUACUGCUUAUGUGAUCGUCCCUGUUUUCACCAGAGUUAUAUGUAAUUGCCAAUCUGCAUUUCUUACUGGUGUGACCACGCCAUUAGGCAAUGCUAGCCAAAAAGAAAAAGAAGAAAUUUUAACUUUUCUAUAGCGUUUUAGAAAGUAAAUAUGCAUGGUUUCCAAUAGGGCUUCUGAAAAUGUAAUCAGUAGUUUGAAAAUCCCACUGCACACCCAUGGACUCGCCUCUUAGUUUCUGAUUUCCAGCCUCUGUCACCUGAGACCUCCCCCCGCCCUUCCAACCUGGACCAGCUCCAGUGAAUCCACCAAUCUUCUUCCUCAAAAAAUCCCUUCCUGUCAAGACUCAAAUAUUUUAACCUUUUGCCCCUAUGCCAUUUUUAGAGAUUUGCAGAAUAAACCAGGCCUGAAUCAUUUCUCCUAAAGAAUAAAAUCCUCACCUCCGGUGAGGAUUGAAGAUGCUGGAGCAGUGCUGGAAUAGCACUUCCUUUCCCUCCCCAGAACUAUGGGAAAAGCUGGCCCUAGGAGGAUCUGAUUCCUGGAAGCACCAGAGGGACCUACAGGAAGACAGGGAUCAUCCUAGUCUCAUACCUGCUCUUACUGGGUGGCUCAAGAGUGAUUGAAAAUGUCCUUUUCCUGUGCAUGGUGCCAGUAUAUCAGUGUAAAUAUAGACGUGCUGCCUGUGUGUAUGUGUAUAAGUCAGGCUCUAAAGGCCCCUGAUGUGACUGUCUUGGUGAGAAUGUGGCAUAGCUAUUUUAAGGAUCUGCCAGGUAAGGAUUAUGCUGAAAAGGCACAAUUCCUAAGUAAAUUCCACCAGCUCCCCAAAGGAGUCUUCCUCAGCGGUCUUGUGCUGUUCAGACUUUGGAAGAGACACGAGACUAUGUCCUGGAUGGAGUAGGACCACACAAGGGAAUGCUUGAGGUUCCCCUCAGUGGUCCCCAGAGGUGCUCCUUGGAGAUGGCAAGUUGUGGAGAUGAAAUCCCAGGCGUAGAAGGGACCUCAAGCAUCAUGUCACCUGGGAGCCAUGCAGACACCAUGUGCACUCCCUAGUGGCCAGCGCAGUGCUAUCUCUCCCACUAGAGAGGCUAUAAAUCCAGAUUCUCUUGUUCCAGCCUCCUUCACAGCUUGGGGUGAGCAUGUGACUGGGCAUGGCCAAUGAAAUGGAAGCAGAAGUCCGCUUAUGCUUUUCUGACAAAAAGAGGCAUGGCUCAUGCUUUCCCCUUACCUCUCUCUUCUUCCUGACUUGAUUAAGAAUAUGAUCCCUAGAACUAUAGCAGCCACUUUGCUACACAAGAAAAAGGCCAAGACAAUCAUAGAGCCCUAUCAUUUGACCAAGCCAAUGCCAGCUGCUGUCCUUCUCCAGAAUUCUUAGUAAAUAAAACUAAAUCCCUGUUUAAGCCAUUGUUAGUCAGUCUCUGUU